AUGUCCAAGAUAUCCAUUUUGAAUUCCGUAUAUUCGGAAAUCGAAAAAUUGGACUCGGCCGAAGAAUACAAAAGAAUCAUUAAACUCGUCGAGAAACAUAUACCACAGUUUCCCGAAGAGUUGUCGUUGGUUCAAACAAAAGUCGUGUGCCUUAUCCAUCUGAACCAGAUCGAAGACGCAUAUAACUACAUACUGAAAAAUGAAGCGUCACAAAAAUUUACGUUUGAAAAAGCUUAUUGCUUGUAUCGUUUGAACCGCUCUGAAGAAUCAUUAGAACUGAUUAAUGAAGAACCUAACCCUGCACCCAGUUUCAAGGAGUUAAAAGCUCAAAUUCUGUAUAAGUUGGAAAGGUAUAAUGAAUGUUUUGACRUGUAUCGAGAUAUCAUCAAACAGAGUAAAGACAGUUUUACAAAUGAAAGGGAAUCAAAUCUUACAGCUGUCAUUUCUCAACUUUCUAAGUUAGGAGAUAACAAAUAUGACAUUCCAACGGUUAAACAGCACAACACUUAUGAAUUUAUGUAUAAUGUUGCCUGUGUACUAAUCGAAAGAAAAGAGAUUGAAAAAGCUCAAGAUUUACUUGAUCAGGCUGCCAAAUCAUGUAGAAAUACAUUGGAAGAGGAGGAAGCGACAGAAGAAGAAAUUCAAGAAGAGCUAACAGCUAUUAAAGUACAAGGGGCUUAUUGCUUACAAAAAUUAGGCCGUGACAAAGAAGCACAAUCUGAAUACACUGACGUAUUAAAGUACAAGCCAAAAGAUAUUGGAUCUCUAGCCAUUGCUUCAAACAAUUUGGUAGUAUUAAAUCGGGAACACAAUGUGUUUGAUUCAAAAAAAAAACUCAAGUCAACAUUGUCUGACGAAUUAACUCACAAGUUGAAUACCUGGCAGUUGAAAAAAGUCAUGUUAAACCAUUGUCGUUUUGCAUUAAUCACUAAUCAAUUAGACCAGUGUACUCAAUUGUGUAACAACAUUGAAAAGAAAUAUCCUGAUCUAAUUGAGGAUAUUAUACUAAUAAAAGCAGUAAUGUUAUGGCGUCAAAACAAAAAUUCUGAAGCUAUUGAUAUAUUGAAGAAGUUUAUAUAUAAACAAGAAAAUCCCACUGCUAAACUCAAUUGUACUUUGGUGGCUGUAAAAUUAUUAUUAUUAGAGAACAACACUAAUGAAGCGAUUACUUUACUGGAAAAUCUUGGUGAAUUGAAGUAUAAACUUGGUAUUGUGAGCACACUUGUAACGCUAUAUUUAAAUGUUGACAAUUUUAAAGCGGCAUCUGACUUAUUUAAUGACACUUUGUCUUGGUACAGUCAAAAAGAGGUGGAUAACUCAAAGAUAACCAUUCUAUUGAAACAACUUGCAAAAUUACAUUUACGGGAACAAGAUCCAAAGGAAGCAGCUAAACGUUUGACCCGACUACUUGAAUUAAAUCCUAAUAAUAAAAAAUUUUUGGCGCAACUUAUCAUCGCCUACACACAGUUUGACCCAGAAAAAGCUCAAAUGUACAGUAAGCAACUUCCACCAUUGGACCUUCAAGAUACUGACAUAGAUUUACUUGAGAAUACUAACUGGAUGAUGGGAUCUAAAUUAAUCAAAAAGUCUACAYUGAAACCAGAUUUUGCAGGUUCCAAGACAGAAGUAGAGAAGAAACGUAAGAAGAAGAGAAAGAUUAUACUGCCCAAAAAUUUCAAUCCUGAUGUGCCUCCUAAUCCUGAACGUUGGUUGCCAAGACACGAACGUACUGGAUAUCGCAAGAAAAAGGACAGGAGAAGCAAGGAAACAGGCAUCGGUAAAGGAACACAAGGGGCCAGCAACGUGUCAAGUGAACAAUUCAACAUCAAAAACAUUGCGGCUCAACCUAAACCACAGACUGCUCAAGUGGCUUCUGAAAACGCUCCUAGGCUUCAACACCGAAAGGGAGGACAAUACAAAAAGAAGAAGAAGGGAAAAUAAACACACAAUUUGUUAUUAACCAAUAAACAAAUAUGAAUAUAAUAUAACAUUAUAUAUAAUUA